AUGGAUAAUUCUACUAGUUUUCAGGAACGAGUGGAUACAACAGAAGAAGCAGAAGAGACACUUUCUCUUUGUGAUUUUCCUCUAAACUUUAACGAAUCCGAGAAGAAGGAUUUUUCCAAGAUUCAAGAUCGAAGUUCUUCUUUGUCUGAAUCCUCAGAUUUGUUCGAGUUCUUCAGUGAUGUCAGUUCCGACAUGUCCCAUGCUGAAGACAUCAUUUUCUGUGGUAAACUCGUACCCUACAAAGAACAACAUCUUAUCAAGGAUCAUACUCACAAUUCUCUCUCUAUAGAUGAUAAUAGCUUAAUGAAUUUUAAUACAAGAAGCUGCGAAUCAUUGUCUGAUCAGUACACAAGAUCACACAAGACGAAGAAGUUGAUAAGAAACAGCAGGGCUUUAUAUUACAGAAAACUCAGUAAUUCAAGCUUGGUUAUGAAAUCUGACGACUCGGAAAUUCAAAGAAGUUCAUCAAAGAGUUCGACAAAAUCUGAUCCGGGAUCAAAGGUAUCUAAACCAGGAUGGUCUAUUUUGAUGUUUGGCCUAGUGAAAUUCCCACCAGAAAUGGAUCUCCAAGAUAUAAAAAACCGGCAGGUUCGCCGGAAUAUUUCAAGGAGUGUGUUUCCGGCGGCUGAGAACCGUGUGAAGGCUCCAGCUAGACGGAAUGACCGGAGAAAUUCUUGGGGUAAUGAUUUGUUAAGUGCGUUAAGUUGUAAAGAUUAUGCAAGCGUAGCCGUGACCGCAUCCAUUGAUUCCGUGCCUCAGGUCUGA